UCAAGCAUUGAAUUUGCCUCAUUUUUUGGCUUAUGUCUUAAAACGAUGUGGAAAAAUGGAUGGAUGGCAUGGAUAAUUGACACAUCAUGUUGGGCCCACAGAUCUCGAGAGACCCCUGAUGACCUGGCCUCCAGGCAAUCCGCACCCUAAUCUUACAAGAGUAUACAACAGUUUGCAAGGCCACACGGUGAUGGAACGUGCACAGGUUCCACUGUACAAGUCUCUCCAGGGAAUAUCCAGCUCUGGCUUCACAACUGGACAGGCCAGGGCCUUCUCAUUAGCACAGCAUCUCCAUUACCGCAGCCUCAUGAUAGAACAGCCCCUCUCUCAGAUUUCUGGGACUCAUCAGGCACCUAGAAUCUGGUCCAUGCAGAAAAUUUUCUACCCCAACAGACCAUCUGAUCUAUCAAUGACAGCGGCAUCUUUAUUUCCACAUCUUUAUUUCCAAUAG